UUAAACCUCAACGGUCGUUUCGGGUGUUUUGUUCUCGAUUUAAAUGGUCGAAGCUAAUCUCUCGCACAUUGCGUAGUUUUUGAACGGAUUUUUUUACCUGUGGCGGAUACUCGUCGCGUCGUGUUUCACGCUUAACGGCCAACGAGAUUCCUGAUAAACUCAAGGCAUAGAAUCAGUGCGACUCUUUGACUAGAAACGCGAGUACAAUUUAUCCGAAAACUGUGAAGCCUGCGGACCGCCGACGGACACCUGAGAGAAGAAAAGCUGUCGGGAUGCUGAAUUGAGUGUCCGUCUCAACUGCCCUAUCAAUUUUCUAUACAACUGCCUUCUCUGUUAUUAAUUACACGUGUUUAUACGUGCUGCUUGUAGAAUUUGCUAUUAACAUUUCAAGUAACAUGUCUCAUCUAAAGUACAUGAAAGAGCUCAACAGCUUAACCCGCAUGGACGAGCCUGUUAAAGGCCCUGUUCCUAGGUGGCAGAAGAAAUGUCUGGAAGCGUCAAAUUCAAGCAUAAACAUGAGUAUAAAUUCGUCACGAAAAGUGAUGAGUGGAUCAUUUGUAAAUUCAACAACCAGCAAAACACCGACCAAACGAUCUGAAACACGGAGUAAAAAAACACCGGCAAAGGGCACGAAAAAAUCUCCCAGUCGAGCUUCAACGACCCCAGCGAAGACCCCUAGUGGAGGGGAUAGGUUCAUACCCUCGAGAUCAACGACAAAUUUUGACCUGGGUCACUACAAGCUUCAGCAACAAAAUACCGAUGACGCAAAUAACGGUGAAACCAUCAGUCCUUCAAAGAGAGAAAUGCAGCGUCUAAUAGGGGAAAAUUUGCACGGUGGUGAUAUUAACAACAUGAGGGUUCUCUCCUACCAAAAUAAAGCCCCAGCACCGCCCGAAGGCUAUCAAAAUCCACUCAGAGUUGUCUAUAGCCAGACAAAGACACCUGCCAGUGUCAAAGCUUCUACAAGAUACAUUCCGCAAGCACCAGACAGGAUUUUGGAUGCUCCAGAAAUCAUAGACGAUUACUAUCUAAAUCUCGUGGACUGGUCAUCGUCAAACCUGUUAGCAGUAGCUCUGGGAGCAAACGUAUAUCUAUGGAAUGCAGGAACAGGAACCAUAGAACAACUUCUGGAGCUAGAAGGCUCUGACUACGUGUGUUCUGUGGGAUGGAUUCAGGAGGGCCCAUACUUAGCUGUAGGAACUACGACAGGAAAUACAGAGCUAUGGGAUUGCAGUCAAAUGAAGAGAGUGCGAGUGAUGAAUGGGCACGUGUCCAGAGUUGGUUCCCUGGCGUGGAAUUCGCAUAUAUUGUCAACUGGAUGCAGAUCUGGACAAAUCGUACAUCACGACGUUAGACAACGGGAUCACGUAGUUGCUUCCAUAAACGCACACGCCCAAGAAGUUUGUGGCUUGAAGUGGUCACCCGAUGGCAAAUAUCUCGCUAGCGGAGCAAACGACAAUAUGUUGAUGGUGUGGUCCGCGGUCGCUGGCCAAAAUCACUCGCAUACACAGCCUAUUUAUUCCCUGAAUCAACAUCAGGCCGCCGUGAAGGCACUUGCUUGGUGUCCGUGGCAGAAUAACAUCUUGGCCAGUGGCGGUGGAACUGCGGAUAGAACUAUACGAUUCUGGAACUGCAAUACAGGUGCAUGUGUGAAUACGAUAGACACGAAGUCACAAGUAUGUUCCUUGCUUUGGUCAACGACGUACAAGGAAAUCGUAUCUGGUCAUGGUUACGCUCAGAACCAAUUGACCAUUUGGAAAUAUCCAGGAAUGACCAAAGUGGCAGAGCUGACGGGGCACUCUAGCAGAGUGUUGCAUUUGGCCAUGUCGCCGGAUGGUACGACGGUCCUAAGUGCAGGAGCAGACGAAACUUUGAGGCUAUGGAAAUGCUUCCAACCCGACCCGCACAAGAAGAAGGAAAUAACGGAAGUCAAAUCCGUUGCAUCUAGACUCAAACAAUCUAUCCGAUAAAACGUAAUUCUUGUAGGACUCGAGCGUUGAUUAGAGUAAAUUAAUUUUUUUGUAUAAUUUAUUUUCAAUGAACGUAUAGUAUUUCAUCGUGUACACUCUAUUUUAGCUUGUAACGGCGGAAAUUAGUUUUAGAGAAUAAAGACUUUUCAUUACUUUUAUACAAUGAUAUUAUAGUUAAUAAUGACGUGUGUGAACGAUGAAUAUCACUGUAUUUUUUGCCGUUAUGUUGCUCUACGGUAUCUUUGGUGACUUGGUAUUCGGAAUGCCUGUACGACUAUUUGUGCUAUUCGCGCACACAUUCAUCUUUUUUUUGACUCAAUGUUUUGUAAUGUGUUCAUUGUAAUUAUAGUACUUGUAACCGUGACUGUGAGGCGAGGGAUGAUAGGUAAACAAUAAGCAUUCCCUUGAUAAGAACUUCGCUUUAAAUAUAAUCAAUAUAGAUAUAUCAUCUCAUAAUCAACUGUGAUGUAUCCGUUUCAUUAUUAUGUGCUUCAUGUAAAAGUUCGUAAGUCAGAUAAAGGCGAGAAAAGAGUUGACCUCCCGAUUCUCAAACAAUAAAAGUCAUAGAAUAAUUUGUCUACAAAUGAGAAAUAUGAAAUUCUUAUUAUAUAGAUUAUUCUGUGCAAUUGAAAAUAAUAUCGAAAUCCCUGAUGACCAACUUGUACACAUUUACACAAAACAGGCGAUUGUUGUACAAAUAUAGUUUUUACGGUAAUUAAUUAAGAUUGAAUUAUAUGAACAUGUAUUUCGGUGAUUGGAAAUUUCGUUUGACGGACACUUAGUAUAAGUGUUUCCUAAUUUGUAAUUAAUUAUAAUCAUGUUCGUAGU